AUGGAGGGUAUAUCGUCAUCGAGCAUUAAGUUUAAUCAUUGGAUUAUGAUUGGUGUCAAAAUUAUCUCCUGCAGGAUGAUCUUCGCAUCCCAGCGAUACUCAUUACCAGGACCCCAGGAAAGUGGCAGCUUUGGAUCAAACUCCGGAGAACAGGCAGCAUUUACAGGCGGGGGUCGAUCAUCCGUCAAAACCCGUCAAAACCUGCUUUUAACGCAUCCACUACGCCAACUCACAUAUGGCCAUAGGCGUAUCUCUACUUGUUCCAAUGUUCUGAGGCUUUUAGAAUCGUGGAGAAUCCUUUCACAUCCCGCUGGAAGAUUCUGUAAGGAAUCAUAUUGUACCUGUGAUUUGAUUGAUUUACGACCAAAGUGCCACCAGAUCCAGCCAUCAUCCGAACUUUUCCAAAUCCUACCAAUUGACAAGAAAACAUAUCAUUUCGAGUAUCCUCAAAUUUUAUGGUCUUAUCGUGCGGAGCUCCCAGGUUCCUUGUCUCGAAACAUAAGAGUGAAGCAUACCCCAAAAGUUGAUUCACAUUACGCAGCGCCUGUUUUGAGUUGUCUCUGCAGCCGCCGAACGAGCAUUCUAUUCCAACCAUUGAUCAUAGCCGUUUUCGUGGAGGUGCUCCCAUUCGGAGAUUUUGUGGAGGGGUGGAUCAACUUCAGAACCUUGACAUAUCUUCUAGAUUGGAUCGGGGUAAAGAUCGGAUGCAUCGAUGGUAUCGCAACUUUUCCCGUUCCCGAUAUACUUAUGAAGGUCGAACCGAAGCCACCCAUGACGAAUACAUCAAAUAUUGGGAACUUUGGAAGGGAUCGUCGGGCUAUAGUUACCAUUCCUAUGCUUGGAGCAACGUUUUUAUAG